UGCAGGGCUUUUGAGCAGCUGAGCACCACCCACGAGAGGACAAGAUCUUCAGGGGAAAAAUGACCAGUGUUGGGAAGAAGCUGAUCCGCCGGCGCGUGGUGGAUCUGAGCUCUGAGGACACGCGUUUUGCUCGCUGCCUCUCCACAUUGGACCUCAUAGCCCUGGGGGUGGGCAGCACGCUGGGAGCCGGUGUGUAUGUGCUCGCUGGGGAGGUAGCCAAGGAAACGGCUGGUCCCUCCAUCGUCCUCUGCUUCCUGGUGGCUGCUCUCUCAUCAGUACUGGCUGGACUCUGCUAUGCAGAGUUUGGGGCCCGCGUCCCCAAGACCGGCUCUGCCUACCUCUACAGCUAUGUCACCGUCGGUGAGAUCUGGGCUUUCACAACCGGCUGGAACCUCAUCCUCUCUUAUGUGAUAGGCACGGCCAGUGUGGCUCGAGCGUGGAGCGCGGCAUUCGACAACAUCAUCGGCAACCACAUCUCCACCUUCUUCGUGAACAAGACCACAUUGCACCUGCCAGGGGUGCUGGCCGAGCGCCCGGACUUCUUCGCCCUGAUCCUGAUCGGGCUGCUCACCGCACUACUGGCCUUCGGCGUCAGCGAAUCCGCUCUUGUGAACAAAAUCUUCACGGCAGUGAACCUGGUGGUGCUGGGCUUUGUCAUCAUCGCCGGCUUCGUGAAGGGAGAUAUCAAGAAUUGGCAGCUCUCAGAGGAGGACUACAUCAACCGCUCGUACCCGGACCCACCUGAUGACAUCAGGAAAAAAGAGUUUGGCUCUGGCGGGUUUAUCCCCUUUGGACUGGAAGGGAUCCUGACCGGCGCCGCCACCUGUUUCUACGCCUUCGUGGGCUUUGACUGCAUUGCCACCACAGGGGAGGAAGCCAGGAACCCACAGCGCUCGAUCCCCAUUGGCAUCAUUGUGUCCCUCCUCAUCUGCUUUGUGGCUUAUUUUGGGGUCUCUGCGGCCCUGACCCUCAUGGUGCCCUACUUCCUCCUGAACAAGAAGAGCCCCCUGCCUGAGGCUUUCAAGGCGGUGGGCUGGGAGCCCGCCCGCUACGCCGUUGCCGUUGGCUCGCUCUGUGCCCUCUCCACCAGCUUGCUGGGCUCCAUGUUCCCCAUGCCCCGCGUGAUCUAUGCCAUGGCGGAAGAUGGGCUGCUCUUCAAGUUCCUCUCCAGCAUCAACAGUCGCACAAAGACCCCUCUGUCAGCCACCAUCACCUCGGGGCUCCUUGCGGCAGUGUUGGCCUUCCUGCUUGACCUGAAGGACCUGGUGGACCUCAUGUCGAUCGGCACGUUACUGGCCUACUCCCUGGUGGCGGUGUGCGUGCUCAUCCUCCGGUAUCAGUCUGGGCAGCUGAACUCCCCGAAGGCCAUGGAAAUGCUGGAACUGAACGGGAACGAGGAGGAGAGGGUGAUCAUGAACCCGGCCAUCACCGCCACUGGUGCCCAGCAGAAAGAGACACUGUCCCUGGCAACACUCUUCAACCCGCCUGCAGACACCCCCACUGCGCUCUCGGGGCGCAUUGUCUAUGUCUGUGUCUCGGUCAUCGCCACACUGAUCACAGUCAUCUGUGUGGUGCUGACCCUGGAGGUGAACGCCCUGAAGGACGCCAGUGUAGGCUGGAUUGUGGCCCUGGUGUUGCUCCUCGUGGCGCUGCUCAUUCCCACCAUCAUCGUUUGGAGGCAGCCGCAGAGCAACGCACGGUUGAACUUCAAAGUACCUUUCCUCCCACUCCUGCCGAUCUUCAGCAUCUUCGUUAACAUCCUGCUGAUGGUACAGCUGAGUGCUAGCACCUGGGUGCGGUUUGCCGUCUGGAUGGCUGUAGGUUUUAUGAUUUACUUUGGCUACGGGAUUCGGAACAGCGUGGAAGGGAAAAAUGCGGAGGAAUCCUGUGCCACAGUAGAAAAGCCUCUGCAUCACCCUGGACUGGACCUCAGCCCCAGGGCUGCUGCGGUCUGA